CUGUGCAUGUACCAAUCGUCCUGCCAGUCACGUCGUUAUCAGAUCCCUCAGCGUGGCUGUGGACAUCCACCCUCCAUUCAUUUGAGCUCGGUCAGCCUUCCUUUCAAAUUAAAUCCCUCAUCUUCAGAUAUCGGCCUCCUGCGCUCACAUUCCAAGGAAUGCCACUGCACACCACUAGAAUCAAGCGCACCAUGCCCUCUAGAACGAGCCACAAGGGCAAAUACAGCUUGAUCUCAUAUCACCGGUACCCCUUGCAUCUCUUUCAUUCAUUUCUCCUACUAUUGACUACUCUCCUCAUUCUUCUCGAAGGCUCUUCGGGACCCGGAUCAGGGUACUGGUGGAUAGAUCUGAAGUAUACCGACGGGGGAUCUUGGCUCUUAGGUGGACUUGGGGCCUGCGAGAAGGGAAUCAGGUCAGUUUGCAAUCGUUGACAAUGACUUGAGACGUAGA